AUGCCGAGGUCUUUUUUGGUGGAUUCGUUGAUUUUAAGAGAGGCCAACGACAAGGGGAGCGAGAACAGCUCGCCUCUCUUCCCUUACGCGGUGCACUCGCCCGGCCACCACCCGCACGGACUGCCGGGCUCCUGCCACUCCAGGAAGGCCGGGCUGCUGUGCUUCUGCCCGUUGUGCAUGGCCGCCUCGCAGCUGCACCCUUCUCCGCCCGCGCUACCGCUCCUCAAAGCCUCCUUCCCGGCUUUCGGUUCGCAGUACUGCCACACGGCCCUGUCCAGGCAGCACACCUCAUCCAACAUCAACCUCGGCCACGGAGCCGCCAUGUACCAGGCCGCCUACACGGUCCCUGAUCCGCGACAGUACCACUGCAUUUCCAUCGAAAACAGCAACAGCAAACUUCAGAGUAGCAAACGCAUGCGCACGGCCUUCACCAGCACGCAACUUUUGGAGCUGGAGCGGGAGUUCACCUCCAAUAUGUACCUGUCCAGGUUGAGGCGCAUUGAGAUCGCCACCUACCUCAACCUGUCCGAGAAGCAGGUCAAGAUCUGGUUCCAGAACCGCAGGGUGAAGCACAAAAAAGAGGGCAAGAGCGGAUCCGGAGGACCGCGGACUGCCACCAACGGCUGCAAAUGCUCGUCGGCAGCCAGGUGCUCGGAGGAAGAAGAGGAAGACAUGCCGGUGUCGCCUUCAUCAUUCUCCGAAAAGGAUGAUGUGGACUUGUCCGUCUCCCCCUGA